AUGGGUAAGACCGGAGAGAAGGAUGGAACUUGUGAACAACAAAAAAACUCUUUCUCAACUGGAUCGACUUUGCCAACUCCCGAGCUAGGAAAUUUAUCACAGCCACAAAUGCAUCGAGAAUUGAGGAAUCUCAGAUUUAUCAAUCCUGGGGAGGCAGCUCUCAUUUCCACAGAAGAAACCUUGUAUGAUAGACACGGAGUUCGUAGAUCAUCAAGACAUCGGAAAGUACUGACUUCUGUCGAUCGUAUGACGGAUUACAUUCCGCAUCACGACGAGGAGGGGUAUCUUAUCAGGGUCGAUGGUCACUGUGUCAAAUUAUGCGAUUGUUUGCGGAUAUCCUGUCCUGGUUGCCAUUAUCCAUGUGAGAAGUGUGGUUCACGAAUGUGUGGACCAGCUUGUCAGAGGAAUCGAGAUUACAUUAUUGAGAGCUUUUUCGCAGAGACUGAACCACCUCGGAUUCGUAAACAUCCUUAUUACAGUCCUCUAAAACGUGAAAGCUAA